UGAGUCUAUGUAGCGUACAGCAGACGGAGCGCACGCGUCUGCGAGUUACUGCGGGUGUUGGAUUCACGCUUGUCCCGUUUUGUCGGAUUUAACCUGCUCUUUAACGGAGAAAGUUCUUAUGAAAGUUGGAGGAAAAACCAGGCCGAAAGAGAGGUGAAGCUCCCAGUCAGUUUCAAGGGCCCAGUGAAAACGCCAGUGAGGAGCCAAUAUGGCCGACGUGGCACAGAAACAAGAGAUCCUUCUUUCUGCUUCCAAGCCAGUGGCGAAGAGCUAUGUGCCCAAGCUUGGCAAAGGGGACGUAAAGAAUAAGUUUGAAGCCAUGCAGAAGGCCAGGGAAGAGCGCGGUAAGAGGCGGAGUCAAGAGGAGCACCAGAGGAGGAGGGAACAGUACGUUAGAGAGAGGGAGUGGAACCGCAGGAAGCAGCAGAUAAAGGAGCUACUUGCCUCAAGCGAUGAGGAGGAGGAGGUGAAGCCAGCCAAGACCGAAAGACUGUACGUCCCCAAGAUCACAGGGAGUGUGAAGGGCAAAUUUGCUGAGAUGGAGAAGCAGCAGCAGGAGGCGGAGAGGAAGAGGGCGGAGGAGGAGAGGAAGAGGCGUGCUGCCCAGGACGCUUUGGAGAAAUCCAAGAUCCAGAAGGAGCUGGCAAAGAAGGCCGAGGAGACUGAUGACAAAAGGAGAAGUGGAUGUAGCUCAGACCCUGAGGAGGGAGACGACACUCCCCAGGUGACAGUGGUUCCGGCAAAGUCGUCCAAAUCUCCGGGCAAAAUCAAAAUCAACUUCGAGGACCUGGGCAAGGCCAAGGAGGAAGAGGAGAGGAAGAGGAGCGAGGAGGAGAAGCAGCAGCGAUACGAGGAGGAGAGGCGCUCCCUCCGAGAGGCCAAACGCCGCUCCAUGGUUGCACUGGAUGAAGAUGAACCCCACCUUAAAGAGAAGGAGCAGGUGACCCCGGGAAAGCUGAAGGUGACCUUUGAGGAGCUGGAGAAGGAGCGUCAGGAGCAGCAGAGGCAGCAGGCCGAAGAGGAGGCCCGGCAGAGGCUAGAGCAGGAGAGGAGGGCCUUUGAGGAGGCCAGGCUGGGGAUGGAAGCCUCAGAGGACGAGGGCGAAGGAAGCUCACCCGCGAAGGAAGAGGUGCGACCCGGGAAACUGAAGCUGAGCUUCGAGGAGCUGGAGAGGCAGAGGCUGGAAGAGGAACGCAGGAGAGUGGAGCAGGAGGCCAAGAGGCGCAUGGAGGAGGAGCGGAAAGCAUUCACCGAGGCCAAGAGGAACAUGGUCAGUGAGGGGGCUCCCUGGAGCGAGAGCCACGCUGGCAGGUCUGGUGAGUUUAGGCGUGACGGUAUGGGGACUCAGCACGAUGCCCCUUUGCAGAUUGUGGAUGAGGACGACGACAUCCUGGACGCCGCGCUGACCGCGGAAAGCGCCAGGCCAGGCAAGCUGAGCAUCAGCUUCGAGGAGCUGGAGCGACAGAGGCAGGAGGAAGAGCAGAGGAAGGCCGAGGAAGAGGCAAAGCAGCGGCUGGAAGAGGAAAAGAGGCUCUUUGCCGAAGCACGGAAGAACAUGGUGGAUGACGAGGAGGACCUAGUGAGGAGUGAAUCCCAGGAGGGGAUUGCGCCUGGGAAGCUGGAGAUCAACUUCGUGGAGCUGCUGAAACAGAAGGAGGAGGAGGAGAGGAGGCGCACUGAGGAGGACCGCAAGCAAAAGAUGGAGCAGGAGAAGCAGGAGUUCGAGCAGCUGCGGCAGGAGAUGGGAGAGGAGGAAGAAAUAAAUGAAAGCUCCAAAGUGGUGAGCAACGAGUACAAGGAACUCAGCAAGCUCAAGAGAACCGGCUCCAUACAGGCGAAGAACCUCAAAUCAAAAUUUGAAAAGAUCAAACAACUGACUGAAGAGGAGAUAUUAAAAAAAGUUGAAGAGGAGAGGGCGCGGAGAAAGGCAAUGGACCUUGAAAUCAAAGAGAGGGAAGCCGAGAGAUUCAAGGAGGAGGAUGAGGAGGGUGAGAGGGAGGCCAGCAGGGGGGAGGACGCCCCAUUCAGGCAGAAGGUGGACAUGCGGGCACGGUUUGAGCAGAUGGCAAAGGCAAGACUGGAGGAGGAGAGGAAGAGGAUCGAAGAACAGAAACUGCAGAGAAUGCAGUUUGAACAGGAAGAGAUUGACGCAGCACUGCAGAAGAAAAAGGAAGAGGAAGACGGAAGCAUCAACAGUGGCUCCAUGACCUACGAAGACGGAUACGAAGAUUCCGGGGCUCCCUGGUUCAAAAAGGCCCUCAAAAACCAGUCUGUGGUUGACUCGGAGCCCGUGCGCUUUACCGUUAAAAUCGUCGGCGAGCCCAAGCCGGAGGUCACCUGGUGGUUCGAGGGCGAAAUGCUUCAGGACUGCGAGGACUAUCAGUACAUUGAGAGGGGAGAGACGUACUGCCUCUACCUGCCGGAAACCUUCCCCGAGGACGAGGGGGAGUACAUGUGCAAAGCGGUGAACAGCCGAGGCACCGCUGCCAGCACAUGCCUCCUCACAGUGGAAACUGAGGACUACUGACGCUCUUCCCUGGAACUUUCCCUGUCCCUCCCUGUCUUCUUUUGCAAAACUCCUGUUUCUAAUGGUGGGGCCAAAAGAGCAGCAAAUUGCUUAGUGUCAUUCCUCCAAAGGAUUUUAAAAAAAAAAAAGCAUCUUCCUUGGGCAAAAAACACUGUUUACAUGUUGGUCAUGACUGAGCUCCACUCAAGUGCCAAACACAACAUCUGAAUCUCACCAGAAAUCCAUUUUCCUGAACAGUUUGAAGUAUGAGCAUUUCUAAGCAUUUGUAUCAGGGCUUAUUUAUAUCGGUUUUCAAAAAGGCUCAUUUCAUUUUGCAAAACUGCACCUUUACUUCCCUUGUCUUUCCAGUGUCUAACCACUUUACCCCAUCUACCAACUACAGAAUUUAUUUUAAAGAGUCAACCUCCAUAGACACUCUAAUAAAUGCAGUAAUAAAAAGGAGUGCUUUGAAAAAAAAAUGUUUUCCAUUACCUUUCUGAGGGGAGCUUGAUCUUAUAAUCACACCGUGGACGCAAAGUGAGAUUUUUUUUAAGGAGUCAGAGGGGCCAUCACUCGUGUCUAUUUUGCCAUGUCUGACCGUGAUCAAGCCGUCCCCCAUUUUGGAAAAAAGUGAAAGCCAAUAACUUUUCAAGUAACUCUGUAACUGCAUUUAGGAGUCUCUGGGUUGAAGGGUUCCACCGAGCAGUCUGCACAGACUGAUUCAUAACUAACCAGAAAUGUGUGCCUCCUGUACCUUCCUACAAGUAUCAAGUAUCAGUCAGGAUAUAGAACCUCUGCCCACAUUGCUGGAUAAAUGGACUGAAGUCCUUACUGUGUCUGUUGCCGUGCAUCAAAAUAACAUGGCCGAGCCAACAUUACGAUGCAGAUUUCAAAUGUGCAAUCGUGUUUGAAGAUAUUCCCCACUUCCAACGGUAAAUUCCAUCCAAUUCUACAAGUUAGGUAAAAAAAAAAAAAGGGGCCCUGCCCCAUUCUGUAAAGUACCCCCUUCUCAUCAUUCAAAAUGUUUUGUGUUUAAUGUUUUGCAAUAUGCAGGUAUGAUUCUUACAAGUUAGGACAAUCGAGUUCCCUCCAUCACAGUCUAUACUAUCACUAGUUGCCCCCCAAAUGUUUUCUGAUACUUAAGCAACUUGCUUUCAAAUUGAAUACAUUGAUUUGUAAGUGCUAUUUGCUGUGGUUGCCUCGUAAGCACA